AUGAGAGCAAUACGUGCACUGAGCAAGGAGAUUCGACGAAGCCAGAACGAAACUCUGUUGGAAGAUGAACAAGAUGCUGUACUCGCUAUAAUCCAGGUUUUGCUGCUCCAGGAUAUUGCUGAGACUGGCGUUUCAUGCAACGGGAUUCAUAUUACAGGGGCUAUGUCUGUUUGCAAACGAUUACUGAUAGCCGAAGGAUUAAGUGGCCACCGUCAACGGGCUGUGUUUUUCUUAGGUAACUUGGCUUGGCUUGAUAUUGUACGGGCGUUUGCUGGCGCAGAGCGAUUAUGCUUUUCUCAGGAUAUCCGGGAGAUGGUCGCGUGCGCGAGUGACCUUAAGUUUGAACUGGUUAACGGGUGCCCCAGGGAUGUCUUUCUGAUCAUCGGAGGCGUUAUGGAAAAGGCCAAGGAGUACGCAUUAGGGUGGCUGACAUGGGACGAAUAUCAAAUUGCACUACUUCUGGCCAAGCACAAACUAUAUUCCUGGGAUCGGAAAGGAGCUUCGUAUCCGAACAGCGACUCUCGCUGGAUGGCGGCGGCCGAGGCCUUUCAGUUUUCAUGUAUAUUACGGAUCUAUCGACUGCUAGAUCCACUAAAAUCAGCCAACAGUCCAGAGAUACAAGACUGCGUGACAAGAAUUCUGGAUGCCACCGCCCAGAUUCCCAAGGAUUGCUCAAUUUUGGAGCUCUUAAUCCUGCCACUCUUCAUGGCAGGAACGGAUUCGCUUUCCACGCACUCGCAGUAUUAUAUUCUGGCACGUUUAAAUGAAAUUGAAAGGAGAUCUGAGUUUCGAAACCCAGUACCACGAGACUUGCUGAAAAAAGUGUGGGAUGCUCGGGUUGCUCUAACUUCCGAGGAGGAUCGAAAUGUGUCGUGGACGGAGUUCGUAAUGUUCUCCAUAGUUCUACAGCUGCCGAACCUGUACCUUGUCGCCCGCAAGCUUGAACCGAGACAUUAUUGA